AUGAAUCAAUAUCUAAAUAUUACUGCUUUUCAUUUAUGUUUAAAUAAUCACUUAGUAACAAAAUUACCAUAUAUACAUCUACAUAUAUAUAAUAAAUAUAUGAAUCUCAAGAUGCAAAUACUUUCAAUGACAAUGUUUACAUUCAUCAUCGUUUGUGUAUUAAUUACAAAGAAUCUAUUUAUAAAUGGACAAUUAGCUGAAUAUUAUAUGAAUGAUGAAAUACCUGAAGUGAAUAAUUAUGAUAAUAUCUAUCCAAGAUUUAUUCAUCAUCAUCAUAGAUCACAAUAUAAACGUGGUGGAAUGUAUGGUGGUCUAUUAGGAAAAUGA